CCGCCACUUCGAGCACGUUUUUUUUUUUUUUUUUUUUGCGCGAAGCGCAUCUCGAUUUAAUCCCCGCCACAAAAAAAGUCCGUCACAACACUGCAUAUUACCAGGCAAAGAUAAAUAUUUAUUUUUUUCUUGUCCUUUUGUGACAUCACGGCCCUGUCCCUGAGGAUUGGUGCAAAACUUCCCGGCACUCUACAACAUAUAGAAAAUUGUUGGGAUUUCUCUCUCCCUCUCUUUUUUUUUUCUUAAUAGCAUAAUGGAGCAGACCUCAACCCCACGUGUCAACUGCGGUCUCCUAGACUCGUAUGUUGGUCGCAAUGUCAUGGUCGUCGGCAGGGUUCAACAGUUGCGCGGCGACGUUGCACUCAUUGAUGCAGAUGGAAACGUCACCGCAAAUCUGAACCGAGACUCACACCUCCUCGUCGGCAACGCCGCGCAGAUCAUCGGCAAAGUCAACCCGGACUUGAGCAUCAGAGUCCUGAGCUCCCACGACCUCGGUCCAAACGUCGACAUGAACGUCUCCAGGGCGGUCGUCGAGACGUCCCAGAAGCUCAAGGAGCUGUUCGAGUACGACGGAGCAGAACAGCCGCAGCAUUGACGGCACUCCACGGCCGCCGGCGGGUACAUGUCCCUGGUCACGCCACCCCCACGGUCCACGCGCAUUGCCGUUGUUUGGCCGGCUGGCCCUUCUAGUUUAUCUGUCGAUGGUGGUUCUACACCUGCUGCUGCUGCUGUUCCUACUGUUGCUCCUGCUACCGACAUGCCGCAAGGACCCGCGCCUUCUCGACAUGCGCGUGAACAGAAACCCGGAGUGUUGAUCAAGGAGGAGAGUUCCCAAGAGGAGGACGAGGAUGAGGAGACUACACGUGAUGCCCCGCACGACGGUUUGGUUAAAGAUGACGCAGACAGGCGGACAAGUAAUGCAGAUUGUUUCCCGCGGCCAUCAUAUCAUAAAGAUGGGAGAGUUUCUGGUGGGAGGAUCAGAAGGAGACGUUUGUCGUCUCCGCGUCCAGCACCCACGAAAUUCAAUGCAGCGGCACCGCGCCAGCCUGAGAAGUACGAGACUUAUGAUAUUGAUGAUGACGAAAACUCGGAACUGAUGGACGCUAUUUUGGAGGAUAUGGGCAGGUUGACUGUUACCAUGAAAAUGGAUGAUACAGGACGCUGGAGGAUUUUAUGGAAGUCUAGAGAACUCGAUAUCUGAAAGGCAGACAGACAGGCACCUUAGAGGAAGUGACGUUAAAUGGCUCGCUUAUUCAUUCCUCCAAUGAACUAUUUUAUCUAGCUAGACUAGUCUAAUGCGUAGGCAAGAUAACUUGGUUGCAUUCCUCCUUGAGAGUAAACCAGUUAUCACGCCUCUGUUCGAACACAUUCCUUCGCUUCGAAAUCCUCUGUACUCUGAUCUAUCUACAGUUUGAACCGAAAUAUUGGAAUUUGCAACAUACCAUGGUUUUGAUUUGAGUUGAAACAAUUAUUCCUAUUCACAAUUAUUCAAAUGCAACCAUAACUCCGUCGCUAGCCAAGUGUGCCGCUGCGUGGCGUCGAACACUUUUUAAAAGCAGAUUGGAACCACCCAUAAAACCAAAGGAAAAAAAAAGGAGAAGCUCCCGUAACGUUCGUCAGGAGACUGGGAGACAAGACAAACAAACCAACGUCGAAACCAUGCCAGCAUGCUUAGAGUUUGAAUGUUCUAGGCAGUGUUCAUUGCGUUGGCACCUCGGUUGUAGCCGUGUUCAAGAUGUCAUCAAUAGAAAGAGCCUCAUCAAGGGCUCUGCACUGGUCUCCAGUUAACUAGACAUGUUGACCAACGUCGA